GCCUUUUCCCCUCACAAAAUCACUUUUUCAUCUAAAAUUGGAUUUUGCAAAAUUGGUAUCUUUUUAUUGAGUGAUUUAAUAAAAGAAACAUACAUAAUCUUUAUACAUAAUGUUUCUUGAUAAAAAGAUUAUACUGUGCAGUCACAAGUUCCACAACACGCUUACUUUGUUCAGAUAACUGGGUCAAAUGCUAAAGUCACACCGUCAGAGAAUUUAUCUCUCUUCCGUUUAUCUGAACUACUAUAGUGCAUGAACAGGAAAUGGCUUCAUAUCUCAAGAAAGCAUAAAUAAAAAGGCUUUUUUUUUUUAAAUGCUUUCAAAUAUGCUUGAACCUCAAACACAUUCCUUCAUCCUUACAUUUGUUUUUGUUGUUGACAUACUCUUCAUGCACGUUAGAGGAGAUGACCCAUCCCCUGUACAGGAAACAGCCUUAGAAAUGAAAUAUGCAGGAAUAGGAAUAGGUGUUGGUAUAUUUCUAUCAGUCUGCUUCAUCGCAGUAAAGGUGUACAUGAUCAAAAGACACUUGCUGGACAAUGAACAGUCAGAGGAUUCAAUGAGAGCAUGUAUGCGAAGUGUUGAGGUUGAAAGCAGAACCUGACCAAUGAAGCAAAACCUGUUCACAGAAGGGAAUGCCCUGGCUUCAGAAACAAAAUUUUAUGCUACUAUGUAAUGUUUGUAAUGUACGCAAUGCUAUUCAAUGUCUUAUUCAUUAAACCUGUAGAACAUUUAUUAGUAUAUGUUAUUUGGUGCAAACUAUUCAAUAUGAGAUCUCCUAAAUGUCAUUGUGAUUUUUUG